UAACGCACCGGAAGUGUAAAGGGUGACAUUUAGAAGAGGACGAAAACGAAGGCAUGGGUGCGCUCAAGUUGUGAGACCUCGUGUCCUCCCAGUUCAUCGACAGCUUUUAUAUUCAUGUUAAAGUGUGUGGACUACUGAGCGCAAUGGCGGCGUGGACCUGUCGGUUUCUUCUCCAGCGGGGAACUCGCCUCGUUUCUCUCCGAGCGGCGGCUGAAAGCCCUGUCCAGUCAGUGGGUUUUAUUAGGACAGUGAAGACCACAACGUGGUUUGAGGAACACCUCACAGAGGACAACCAGGAGUACAUGAGGAAGAGUGUUGCAGAGGAAUACAGAAGACAGACGGCUGAAAAGCUCAACCCACUCAAAGACGAGCCCUGGCAACAGCACGAAUGGACAGAGGGGAGUCGAAGAGUUGGGUUAGUGGCUGUGAAAUUGGGCAUGGCUCCUAUCUGGACAAAAACAGGAGAAAGACAUGUAGUCACAAUGUUACAGGUGCAAGACUGCCAUGUUAUUAAUUACUUAUCCAAGGAAGAAUAUGAUGGACACACAGCUGCUCUCCUUGUAGGAGGGAAAAACACGUCACCAUUCCAUAAAUCUGAAAGCCAAGUGGAGAUGUUCACGAAUGCAGGAGUUCCCCCAAAGCAGAAAGUUGUCACCUUUAAAGUGUCAGACAACGCCCUCAUCAAGCCAGGCACUCCUCUGUAUGCAGCACAUUUCCGUCCAGGCCAGUAUGUGGACGUCACAGCCAAAUCCAUUGGUAAAGGUUUUCAAGGUGUAAUGAAGCGAUGGGGGUUCAAGGGUCAGCCAGCCAGCCACGGCCAGACAAAAACUCACCGCAGACCGGGAGCUUCUGGACCUGGAGGGGAUCCAGCCAAAGUGUUCAAAGGGAAAAAGAUGCCUGGCAAGAUGGGAAACGUCUUCGUCACAUCUUAUGGACUAAAGAUAUGGCGGGUCAAUACCAAGUUUAACGUGCUGUAUGUUAACGGCUCUGUCCCUGGCCACAGGAACUGCUUACUCAAGAUCAGAGACACUGUUCUGCCGACCAGGAGCUCCACCCUGCUCAACCCUCCUUUUCCCACCUACUUCACCGAAAAGGAGGCCGACCUUGAGGAAGACCUGUACGAUGAGAACUUGUUUGUUCACACAGAGCCCUCACUAACAAUGACCUGACCACACGACAUACACUCACACUCACACAUUUAUCAUUAAACUGUACCUGGAUCCUGUAGUAAAGAGUAAUUCCUUU